CAGCUUAAAGUUGGUCCAUGUGUGUGGCGGGCUGCCUAACGGAAAUUUCCUGCUUUCGGCGCUACGCAUAGGUCUGGGAGAAUACGACAAGCAACCUGAGUGACUGUUUCACCCAAGUUGUCCUUUUACCACCAUGAGCGACACGGAAAUAAAGGUGGCCAGCUUGAAUUGUUGGGGGCUCAAAUACGUUUCCAAGGAUCGUCACGAACGCAUUGCCGCCAUAGCGAGUGUACUGGCGAAAUCGGAUUACAACGUAGUAGCCCUUCAAGAAAUCUGGGUCGAGGCAGACUACGAGCACGUCCGACAAAGCGUUUCGAGUCGAUUGCCACAUGCGAAACUUUUCCAUAGCGGGGCACUUGGGGCAGGACUUGCUAUCUUUACCUCAUGGCCCAUCAUAGCCACCAGUAUUAACCCUUACUCCCUCAACGGUGAACCCACCGAUGCACUCGGCGGGGAUUGGUUUGUGGGUAAAGCCGCUGGUAGCGUUACAAUAUCACACCCAGUUCUAGGUCAGGUGCAAAUAUUCAAUACACAUCUUUAUGCCAGAGGAGGUGAGGAUGGACCCGAGUACAAUAGAACGCACAGACUAGUAAAUGCAUGGGAAUUUGCUAAACUAACCAGGCAAGCGGCAGAGCUCGGACGAUAUGUUAUUGCGGCUGGGGAUUUCAAUAGCAUCCCAACAAGUGUUCCCAUGACUGUAAUUCGUGAUUACACUGGUCUCCAAGAUGCUUGGGCCACUACGCACCCUGAUAUCCUACCACCCACUCGUCACAUUACUCCUCUCGAAGGCGUCGAAUACUACGGGGUUACAGCUGAUUCACCUCUUAACUCAUACCGCGACAACAAACUGUCUUCCAAUCGUCUAGUACGUCAAUACCAAGGGAAACGUCUGGAUUAUAUCCUUUUCCGACAUCCCGUUCAUAAAUCGGCCCGUAUACCUCAGUUAACGUGUAGAGACACCAAAGUUGUCUUCUCUGACUUUAUCCCUGGAAACACUCAUUCCUUCUCCGACCAUUUUGGCGUUGAAGCUAUCUUAGACAUUCAUACCCUCGCUGGAAACGAUGAAAACACCGCCCCAGAUGUCGCUAAAUACCCUGCAGAGGAUAUAACAGCUCCCUCCGAACUCACAUUAGCUACUAUUGAUACUAUGCUCUCAGCUCUGGCAACCAGUUACCGUCUAUCACGCUAUCGCUCUCACAAAGAACUUAGGAUAUUCGCAUUGUGUAUCUUGCUACUUUUCGCCCUGAUCACCGGAUCUGCAUGGAUCCCCGUUCCAUGGGCCAAUCCCAUCUUCGUAUUUUUCACCAUUUUCAUUGCCUGGUUGGCAACCACAAUGCUCUACGAGGGAUUUCUUUACGGGAACUGGGAACUCAAGGCUCUGCUCAAUGUCAUGGAAGAAUUGGAUUUAUACAGAAGGAAUAUAAAGGUCCACGCAGACCUUCCGUUGGGAACUCAGUAAAUAGUAUAUACUGGUUUGUAUAUUAUUUGAUCAUGUAUGAAAAUGAUAUCCAAGUCUGCAUCCUC